AUGUCGGACGAGUGCGGGCGCACUGCAGCCCUGGCGGCCGGGAGGACGCGCAAAGGCACCGGGGAAGAGGGCCUGGUGAGCCCCGAAGGAGCAGGGGACGAGGACUCGUGCUCCUCCUCGGUCCCGCUGUCCCCAUCGUCCUCACCCCGGUCCAUGGCCUCCGGCUCCGUCUGCCCUCCCGGCAAGUGUGUGUGCAACAGUUGUGGCCUGGAGAUCGUGGACAAGUAUCUUCUCAAGGUGAAUGACCUGUGCUGGCAUGUUCGGUGUCUCUCCUGCAGUGUCUGCAGAACCUCCUUAGGAAGGCAUACGAGCUGUUAUAUUAAAGACAAAGACAUUUUCUGCAAACUUGACUAUUUCAGAAGGUAUGGAACUCGCUGCUCUCGCUGUGGGAGGCACAUUCAUUCUACUGACUGGGUCCGGAGAGCCAAGGGGAAUGUCUAUCAUUUGGCAUGCUUUGCCUGCUUUUCUUGCAAGAGGCAACUUUCCACAGGAGAGGAGUUUGCUUUGGUGGAAGAGAAAGUACUCUGCAGAGUGCAUUAUGACUGCAUGCUGGAUAAUUUAAAAAGAGAAGUGGAAAAUGGUAAUGGAAUUAGUGUUGAAGGUGCCCUCCUCACAGAACAAGAUGUUAAUCAUCCAAAACCAGCAAAAAGAGCUCGGACUAGCUUUACAGCUGAUCAACUGCAGGUUAUGCAAGCGCAAUUUGCUCAGGACAAUAACCCCGAUGCACAGACACUUCAAAAACUGGCAGAAAGAACAGGCUUGAGCAGACGUGUGAUACAGGUGUGGUUUCAGAAUUGUAGAGCACGCCACAAGAAACAUGUCAGCCCUAAUCACUCCUCCUCUGCCCCAGUCACAGCAGUCCCACCCUCCAGGCUGUCUCCACCCAUGUUAGAAGAAAUGGCUUAUUCUGCCUAUGUACCCCAAGAUGGGACGAUGUUAACUGCGCUGCAUAGUUAUAUGGAUGCUCACUCACCAACUACUCUUGGACUCCAGCCCCUGUUACCCCAUUCAAUGACACAACUGCCAAUAAGUCAUACCUAA